AUGUCUAUUAUUACCGAUAUUCUCCAAUAUGCACACUUGUCGCGAGCUGGCAGCGCCCGUCGCGACCCCGCCCGAACCAAGGCAUACCUCGUUGGCGGCGGCAUAGGUUCCUUAGCCGCUGCUGCUAUCCUGAUCCGCGAUGCUCACGUUCCGGCGAUAAACAUUCAUAUCAUCGACGAGGGGAAAGUAGUUGGCGGUGCGAUGGAUGGUUCAGGUGCACCAGAGCCGGGUUACAUCGCUCGUGGUGGGAGGAUGCUCAACUGCAGCUACGUCUGCUUGUACAAUCUCCUGAAGAGCGUGCCGUCCGUGGACAACGAAGGCAAGACUUUGUACGACGACAUUAUGGACUUCACGAAGGCGCACCCAUCACACGCCAAAGCAAGAUUAGUAGAGGGUGAGGGUAAGAAGGUUGACGUCACGCACAUGGGCUUCAGCAAUCAAGAUCGGCUGGAGCUGUUGAACCUUUGGGUAUCCAGCGAAGAGGCCCUCGGCACGAAGAAAAUCCAGGAAUGCUUCUCAGAGCACUUCUUCACCACGAAUUUCUGGUUCAUGUGGAUUACCACCUUCGCGUUCCAGCCGUGGCACAGCGCCGUCGAAUUCAAGCGUUACCUUCAUCGCUUCAUCCACGAGUUCCCGCGAAUUAACACUCUCGAGGGAGUCGAUCGAACGCCAUACAAUCAAUACGAUUCCAUCAUCGCGCCCCUCGAGUCAUGGCUCCAGAAACAGGGCGUUAACUUUGUGAUGGAGACGAAGGUGGUUGAUGUCGAAUUUGACGUCGAUGCGAGCAAGAAAGUGACCGCCACCCGAAUCCACACCCUGAAUCAAGCACACGGUACAUCUAUCAUCGAAGUCAGGCCCGAGGACCUCACUUUCGUCACGAAUGGCAGUAUGACCUCCGCUUCAUCGCUUGGCUCGCUCACAUCUGCCCUCCAAACCAUCACCGAUCCUAAAGUUGACGGAGCAUGGACGCUGUGGUCCUCCAUAGCGUUCAGACUUGGCAAAAAAUUCGCCGGAAACCCUGCCAACUUCAUCAACCGGAUCGAUGAAUCGAAGUGGGAAUCAUUCACCGUCACCACCCACGACCCCCUUCUCCAGAAUCUCCUCGUCGAUUGGAGCGGUAACGAACCUGGUUCCGGCGCCCUCGUCACUUUCAAAGAUUCCAAUUGGCUGCUUUCCUACGUCCUUCCCCACCAACCCCACUUCCGUGGGCAGCCUGAAGGAGUCUCCGUGUUCUGGGGUUACGGCCUGUACCUCGAUAAGCCCGGAAACUUCGUGAAGAAGCCAAUGUCGGAAUGCACUGGCGCUGAGAUCCUCCAAGAGCUUCUAUAUCACGUCGGCCUGGCCGACCAGUACGAGACCAUCCUCCCCACAGUCCAAGUCAUCCCCGCCAUGCUCCCUUACAUCACCUCCCAAUUCCUCACUCGCGAGCACAAAGAUCGGCCGAAGGUCGUCCCGAAGGGCAGCCACAACUUUGCCUGGCUCGGUCAAUGGACAGAAAUCCCCGACGACACCGUCUUCACAGUGGAGUACUCGGUUCGUUCCGCAAUGAUCGCCGUCUACGAGUUGAUGGGUCUUCCCAGCAACCCCCACCCCCCUGCCAUCUACAAAGGAGAGCACCAUCUCGACAUUAUUUUCCGGGCUUUGAAUAUGUCUUUCACGUAA